CAUCCCUUCGUUAUUGUUUGGUUUUGUGUUAAAUUUGUUGAUUUUGGCUACGGGCUCUUCAGUUUGCAGUCAGAUCGCCAAGUGUCAACAACACUCCUCAAAGCUUAGAAUUCGUGUAGUUUGCGGUUCGUAAACAAAUUGACGUUUCGUUUCGCCAUCGUGAGGAUCGUGCUAUAAUCAUGUCCAUGAGAUCGAUUAUGCCACCGCAAACCUACUCGCGCCUGUUUAGGCCGUGGGAUGCAGCUGAGGGCAAGGAUAGUCCCAGCCCCAGCAAAUCUAGUGACUGUGGUAGUGAUAGAGUGAUUAAACAUGAACCCUGUGAUGUUGCAGUUCGUGCACGACUAGAUAUGGAGAGUCCGGUUUCUUCCGAGCCUCAAUCACCCAUGCUGAGUCCCGUCAAGUUCCCGUUGAUCGGAACACCUGAAUUGGAUACUGCUAGUGCUUUUCUGGGGCACCCCGCGGAUUUGGCUUCAUACUACUACUACUGCAGCCAGCAGAAAUUGGGAAUGGAUUUGAUUCCGCCGGGAUUGAAUUUUACCGGAUUACCAAUCGAUCCGUUGUCCUACGAACAAAUGGAACAGGAAUAUUUUCGGGUUCUCACCGAGGACGCCAAAGCGAAACUUUUGAGCAGUCGGAAGCAACGGCCAAAGAAAUUCAAGUGUCCCCACUGUGAGGUUGCGUUCUCCAACAAUGGCCAACUGAAAGGUCACAUCCGCAUCCAUACCGGUGAACGACCAUUCAAGUGUGACGAAGUAAGCUGCGGAAAGACGUUCACCCGCAACGAGGAACUAACCCGGCACAAGCGAAUCCACACCGGAAUACGCCCGUACGCCUGCCAGACCUGCGGCAAAAAGUUCGGCCGACGGGAUCACCUGAAAAAGCACACCAAAACGCAUAUGCCUCAGGAGCGGUACACGUACGGAUUGGCCCCAGCCGCCAUGCUGAUGCCAAUGUAUACGGCCGCGUCGCAUCUGUACGGUUACUAG